AUGGGAGAGAGAAAGGUUUUGAAUAAAUAUUUCCCUCCGGAUUUUGAUCCUUCAAAACUUCCCCAUGGGAUGAGGAGGCAGCAUCAGCAGAAGAACCAAAAACAAAUCAAAGUAGGGAUGAUGCUUCCUAUGACUGUUCGUUGUAGAACUUGUGGGAUUUAUAUGUACAAAGGGACGAAGUUCAACUCGAAGAAAGAAGAUGUUACUGGGGAAAAUUAUUUGGGAAUUCAAAAUUUCCGGUUCUACUUCAAAUGCACCAACUGCUCUGCUGAACUCAUUAUGAAGACUGAUCCACAAAAUUCAGAUUAUGUUGUAGAAGCAGGUGCAACUCGCAAUUUUGAGCCUUGGCGUGCAGUUCAGGAUGAUGAAGAAGAGAUGACGGGAGAUGCAAUGAAAUCCUUGGAGAAGAGAACGAUGGAUUCAAAAAGAGAGAUGGACAAUCUUGCAACAUUGGAUGAAUUGAAAUCAAUGAAGUCUAGACAUGCAAAGGUGAGAGAAGAUGUGGUGGUGCUUUUGGAGGCCUUGCAACGCAAUACUGAGCAGGAAAAGGAGAAGAAAUUAUUGGCAGAACAAGAAGAAGAGGAUGAAAAACUCAUACAGUCAAUUUUCCCCCAGGAGUCAAAGAAGAAUUCUGUUAGAAGGAUCAAUGACAAUGAUGACGACGACAACGACGAUAAUGAUGUUUUAAAUCAGCUUUCAUCAUCAAAUGUUGGUUCCAAGAGGAUGAAAAUUUCUCUAGAAGCAGGGAAACAUACAAAUUGGCUGAGAAAAGGCAGUAGUACAUUUGACAGCUUCACUACUCACGAAACUCAUUUAGUUAGAAUUUCGGUUGUGAAGAAGAAGCCUUUACCACCUUCUACUUCUACUGAUGAAAGCAAUCACGAGGAAGAUCAGAAGAACAAGCAGCAAGAAGAGGAUGAGCCAAAGGCCAUUGAUACAACAAGCACUGUACUUGAGUCCUUGUGUGAAGAAUAUGGUAAUGAUGAAAGUGAUCAGUAG